CUUGUGUCUUUUUGGCCGGGGCAGUGCUACUGGUGGAUCAAAAUACUUGAACGAUGCUUUGCUGGUCUUUGAGUUUGUGAUCUCUUCGCCCAUUGCUCUUCUUGUUGGUUGUGUGACUAGACGGUCCCUUAAUUUCUGCGAAUAUCGAAGCUCCAACAUCUCACCGACUUCAGUCCAGUGCACGAACAGACGAGAGAAAAUGGCGGCAGCGCUGCAACAGCUCUUGGAGCGAGCCGAGCUGUGUAAACUGUCGAAGGCUGUUCAGGGGAAACUGGAGAAACACCUGGCGGAGCAGCAGAGUGAGACAGACUACUAUAAGGCGCAGUAUGAGCAGCUUCGGGCAGACAGCGAGCAACAGUAUUCUGACCUGGACAAACGGUACACGGAGAGCCAGGAUCAGUGUCAGUCUUUAACUAAAGAUUAUCAGAAACUGCAAGAAGACUUCACAUCACUCGAUGAAGAGCUGAAAUCUCUGCGUGAAAAAACCAAGGAGCGUGAAUCCUCGUACACCAAGCUGGAGUCCGAGCAGAAGGAGCUCUCAAAGUUAAAGAAUGAGCUGGAGGCUGAGAAGAGAGACCUGGUGCGCACGCUGGAACGGACGUCGCAGGAGGUUGAGGGCCAGAGUGAGGAUUUGAAACGGCUCGGGGACAGGCUGGCGGACGUCAGCGCUACAAACAUGCAGCUGCAGUUGAAGGUAGACCAGCUGGAGGCGUUGGAAGUCUCAAUCAAGUACAAAGAGAAACGGCUGGAGCAGGAGAAGGAUCUUCUCCAGGACCAGGUGACCUGGCUGAGCGAGGAACUGAAGACUAAAAGUGAGGAGCUUCUCUCUCUGUCGCGGCAGAAAGGCAGCGAGAUUCUAGAGCUCAAGUGCAGCCUGAACAACAAAGAAGAUGAGUGUACCCGAGUACAGGACCAACUGACCAGUCUGAAAUCCUCCAACGAGAACCUUCAGAAGCAAGCCGAGGACUUGAUCAGCAAACUGAAAGAGGCCAAAGAACAGCAAGCCGGCUCAGAAGAGAAGUUCCGCAACGAGCUUAACGCUAACAUCAAGCUGUCCAACUUGUACAAGGGCGCAGCGGCGGAUGCGGAGGCGAAGAGCGAAGAGCUGAGCCAGGCCGUAGAAGAGCUGCACAAGCUGCUGAAGGAGGCGGGAGAGGCUCACAAAGCUAUGGAGGUGCAGCUGGCCGAGGCAGAGAGCCACAAACUGAAGGAUGUGGCCGAGCUGAUGGAGCGCAUUAGCAUCCUGGAGAAAGAGCUGGACAACGCCAACGAUCUUCUGUUGGACACCGCACGCCGAGCUGGCACCACGUCUGCACCGGUUCUCCCAGACAAACAGCUCAGCACGAUGUCCCCCACCGCGGCGGCCGUCGCCAAGAUCAGGCCGGGCAUGAAGCUCACCGAGAUCUACACGGCGUACGUAGAGUCCCAGGAGCAGCUGCAGCUGGAGAAGGUGGAGAACAAACGUGUGAACAAGUACCUGGAUGACAUUGUGCAGGAGGUGGAGGCUAAAGCACCUAUACUAAAGAGGCAGAGGGAGGAGCUGGAGCGUGCGCAGAUAUCCGUGGCCAGUCUGUCUGCCAAGCUGGAGCACGCUGUGCAGGAGGUACAGCGCCUGCAGAAGGAGGCCGACGAAGCCAACAAGCACGCCUCCAAGCUGGAGAGAGACAAUCAGAGGUUUGAGGUGCAGCUGCGUGACAUGGCUCACCAGGUUCGGGUGUUACUGAUCGAGCUGGAGGAGGCACGUGGGAACCACGUGAUCCGUGACGAGGAAGACUUGAGCUCGGCGGACGUGAGCAGUACGUCUGAGGUAAUCUCGCAGCACCUGGUCACGUUCCGCGGUGUGGCGGAGCUACAGCAGCAGAACCAGCGCCUCCUGGUGGCCAUGCGCGAGCUCGGAGACGCGCAGGAGAGGGGCGAGAUGGAGGCUGAGAGCACCAAACUGACAGAGCUACAGGUUAGUUUGGAGAAGGCCCGGAUCGAGCUGGAGCAGCUCCGAGAGCAGCGUGCACGCCAGAUGCAGCAGGUUGAAUCCAUCGUGCGCCAGCGAGACAUGUGCCGUGUCCUGCUCGUCCAGGCUACCGGGGUCAGCUUCCCUCAGCAAGGUGCUUCGUUAGAGGAGUUCUCCCUCACCUCCACUCCCCGUCGCUCCCCUGCAGCCACGCCCAAUGCAGCCACGCCCACCGGCCUCGUCGCCACAGCAGUCGAGUCCACGGAGACGGUGGAGGCCAGAGCUGCCCUGAAACAGCUCCAAGAGGUGUUCGGAGCCUAUAAGAAAGAGAAGGCUGAAAGCGAGAAGGCUCUGACCGAGCAGUGUGAGAAGCUGCAGGAGCAGGUGUCUGAGCUGAGAUCCCAGAACGCCACAGUUUCCACUCAGCUGGAAUUUGCCUCUAAACGAUAUGAAAUGCUGCAGGAUAAUGUGGAAGGUUACCGUAAGGAGAUUGCCUCUCUAAGGGAGAAGGCUCAGAAGCAGGCUGCCUCUGGGCAGAAAAGCGAGCAGACCCUCCACGCUCUCACACAAGACUUGCGUGCAGCUAAUGAGAAACUGUCCAUGGUCGAAGCGAGAGCAGAGGCCCUGCGCAAGGAGAGAGACCUGCUGAAGAUGGUGGAGUCCAGUCUGAGCCAGGAGAAGGAGUCGAUCCUCUCUCAGCAGAGGAGCCAGAACCUCCUGCUCACCAAUCUGAAAUCCAUGCAGGCCACGUUAGAGCGUUCGGAGUCAGAAACUCGGCAGCGGCUCACAGCGCAGGUGGAGAAGCAGGAACGAGAGAUUUCCCAGCUGCAGAAGAAGCUGGAGCAUGAGGUGGAGCAGAGACACACGCUAGGGCGCAAUCACGACAAGCAGCUUUUGGAUGCUAAGAAGCAGCUGGAGGUGCAGUGUGCCUUGCACCAGAGGACCAGAGAGCAGCUGAACACUGCACAGCAGGAGCUCAACAGUCUCCAGCAGCAGCUGAACACCAGAGAGGGAAGGGUUUCCUCACCCAGCACUCACACAGGCCUCACGGGGCCGCAGAGUGGCGUAGAGGAUGUAGAGGAACUGCGGACGCGUUUGAACGAGGCUCAGAGCAGAAGCGAGGAUCUGGCUGCGAGACUGGAAAGCAGCACUGCCUCUCUGGAGCAGUACAGAGCCAUGUGCCUCAGCCUGGAGGAGGCCCUGGAGAAAGAGAAACAGGUAACCGAACAAGUGAGGACAUCGGUUGAAAGCCAGCUUUUGGAGGCUCAUGAGCAGCUUCAGCAACGGGAAAAGAAGCUUCUAGAAGCUGAGAAGGAGAAAAAUGAAAUGCAGGAAGAGAAACAGAAAGCCGUGGCAGCCACUGAGCAGCAGGUGAGCGAGCUGCAGAGGACCCUGAGCAGCCUGCAGACCGAGCACCAGGAAGCGUUGCAGAAGGCAGCUACGGCGGUCGCUCAAGUGCAGCAGUCCAUGAUGGAUAGCCAAGAGCAGGCACGUCUCGCCGCCGAGGCCCAGGACAAGUACGAGCAGGAGAUGCUGUUGCACGCGGCCGACGUGGAGGCCCUGCAGGCAGUCAAAGCCCAGGCCCAACAUGCCUCAGAGCUCCGCCAGCAGCUUGAAGACAAGCUCCAAACGGUCAGCGCACAGCUGCUCGAGGCCCGAGUAUCCUGGGAGGAGCAGGAGAAGAUCCUCAGAGAGGACCAGACUAAGAUGGAGUCACGUUGUCGAGACUUGCAGAGGCAGAACGAGCUCCUACAUGAGCAGAUUCAGGCAAUGAGCGAAAAGAUGGCGACCCAGCUGCAGCAGGCGGCCGGCGAUUGCUCGCUGAACAUUUCUCUCACGGAGGAGGGGAAGUCUCAGGAGCAGCUCCUCGAGAUCCUCAGGUUCGUUCGUCGGGAGAAGGAGAUCGCUGAGUCGCGUUUCGAGACGGCUCAGGGAGAGAGCCUGAGGCACAGGCUGCGAGUGGAGCACCUGGAGCGGGAGCUGAAGGAGGUCCAGGACUGCCUCAGUGCUGAGAGAGAGAGGAUGCAGGUGACCGCGAAGACCUUGUCCCAACACGAUGAACUGAUGAAGAAGACCGAGACCAUGAGCGUGCUGGUGGAGACCAAUAAGAUGCUGCGAGACGAGAAGGAAAGACUGGAGCUGGAGCUGCAGCAGGCUCAAGCCAUGGUGAGCAAGCUACAGACGGAUGCCUUGCCCAUGCAGGAGUCCAACGCCGAGCUGAGCGAGAAGAGCGGCAUGCUGCAGGCUGAGAAGAAACUUCUGGAAGAGGAAAUCAAGCGCUGGAAAGCACGCACUCAGUUCCUGGUGACCCAGCAGAAGGACACGGACCCAGAAGAAUAUAAGCGGCUGCACUCUGAGAGAGACGCUCACGUUAAACGCAUCCAGCAGCUCAGUGAGGAGACCAGUCGGCUUAAGGCAGAGGCAACCAGGAGUAGCGUUUCCUGCAGCACGCUGCAGUCUCAGGUGCAGAACCUGCGGGACAACCUCGGCAAGGUGGUAGCAGACAGGGACAGUCUGAAGAAACAGCUAGAGGCCAAGACCCUGGAUGUUCAGGAGAAAGUCAAGACCAUCACGCAGGUCAAGAAGCUUGGGCGCCGCUACAAAACGCAGUAUGAGGAGCUAAAAGUUGAACAUGACAAGAUGGUUGCAGCUGCUGCUUCUGCUCCAGUCCAUGACCAGGAGGCUCAACAAGCCUCAGCUCAGGAGCUACAGAGCCUCCGAGAUUCUCUCAGCCAAUCAGAGGCCAAGGUUCGGGAGCUGGAGAGCCAACUAGAAACCUUAAACAAAACGAUCGGGGAGCGUGAGACAGAAACACGCACCGCACAGGACCAGGCGUCUCACCUGCAGGGCGAGCUAGCACGCAUGCGCCAAGAGCUGGCGGAAAAGUCGGCCCAGGAAGACCGGCUCCGGCAGCAGCUGGUCGAGAAGGAGGACCGGACCAGGAAGGCGAUCGUCGGGGCCAAGCAGAAAAUCAACCACCUUGUGGACGUAAAGGGUCAGUUGGCAAAGGAGAACGAGGAGCUGAAGCAGCAGCGUGAGGAGCUGGAGGUGCGCGUCAACGCGCUGCGCUCGCAGUACGAGGGCCGCCUGAGCCGGCAGGAGAAGGAGCUGCGGGAGCUACGAGACCUGCGCGAGCAGCAGGAGAGACACGUAGAGCAGAGAGAUGAGCCAGUGGAGCAAGGCCCCAGCAAGACUCAGGAGCAACAGAGGACUACAGAACAGAGGCAGAUUUCUCUAAAAUCCACACCAGUGGCUGAAAGGGGCAGUGCAAGCUCGUCUGAGCCCCCCACAGCUAACAUAAAGCCCACUCCCCUGGUGGCGACUCCCAGCAAGCCCCAAGCCGUUACAGCGAACAAGCCCACGCCGAGGGCCAGUAUAAAACCGAUGGUCACCCCUCCUGUACAGCCCACAGUCACUCCUACUGCCACAGUGAUGCCCACCACCCAGCAGGAGAACCAGGAAGCGCUGUCAUCAGAGGCUCCUAUGGAGCACGUGCCUGUGUUUGGAAGUACCACCGGGUCCGUGCGCUCCACCAGCCCGAACGUUCAGACCACUCUGGCUCAGCCCGUGCUCGGUGUCCAGCAGAGCCAGACCACUGCUUUCGUCCAGCCCACACAGCAGCAGAGCGUACCCCCCGCCGAACCUGCGAGUCAGGAGCCCGCCUCUGCCAACGUGAUGAUGGAGGCUACGCCCAGCACGUCCCAGAUGGAGAGGCCCUCCACGUCCACGGCUGUGUUCGGAACAGUCUCGGCCACACCUGGCAGUACCUCGACCAAGCGUCCUCGAGAGGAGGAGUUCGAGAACAUUACAGUGGAGCUGGAGCCUCAGGAGGAGCCCACUGAGCCUCCCAUCUCCAAGAAGCUCCGCAUGCAGAGGGUGGAGAUUGAGAUGCUCACUGAGGACAGCGCUGAAGCUGAGAGUGUUGUACCAGGUGGGAGUCAGGAAGCUGUUGAUGCUGUUGAGGAGCUGGAAAAUUAUCCCAGCCUGGAAGAGGUAGAUGAGGAGUCUGGGGCAUCUCAGUCCGUACCUGUGGAAUUUCUCCUCUCCCAGGAAUCUGAGGAACCGGUCAUAGUCAUCGUCAGUGACUCUGAUAGUGAGGAAGAGCAGGAGGAGGAGACCGAUGAAGAGGAGCAGGAUUAUGAGGAAGAGGAGGAGGAGGACGACGACGAGGAUGAUGACGAGGGAGGAAUCGAGGGGGAAGGAGAGGACAGUAAUGAGGGGAGUGGCAAUGGCGAUCCCUCCGAGGCGUAUGAGGGUGACAAUACGGAGGGUCCUGAUGCCACAGAUCCAGGUACUGAAACAGAGGAAAGUCUUGGCGUGACAGACUCCGCCCCGUGCACGGCUGGUCCUGCCACCUUAUCCGGCUCGUUAGAGGUGUUCUCCCCUGAACCAAUCACCAGCUCCGUACCCCGUCCUCCACCGUCCCCACGGAGACCGCAGCAAUCACUCCCUCCUCGACUCAGCAUUCUGGCUCCACCUAUACAGGAGCUAGCUCCGCCCUCUCAAGUCCAGCGCAUCCCAGCGCGACGGCAGCCGGUCGGACGAGGACUGCAGCUGACUUCGGGGUCGUCCGGGUGCACCCCACAGCAGCACUUCUAUGAGGAGGACGACCGCACGGUCCCCAACGCCCCCACGCUGGCUGCCUCCCAUCGUACUGACUGCUUCAGUGAAGCUCUCCAUUCUCCCCAGGUAGCAGGCGUCUUGCGUUUCGGCUUCAUCCUCUCGGACGACGUCCCACAGACCAGCUCUUCCAACGCAGAUCUGGACCAGCUGGCCUCGCAAGGAGGGCUCGGCAUGUACGACAUUCCCCUGUUCCUGCCCACUCAUGAGGACUCGCAAGGGGGACGUAGCGUACCCACCACCCCUCUCCCGGUGGCUGCUCCGGUGUCUGCUUUCUCGGAGACACACCCCUCAGAGCUGCCCGAACACGCCUCCCAGUCUGUACCAACAGUAAGCACGUCCACACCGAGCGUGUGCGUCGUGACCGGGCCCGGCGCAGCUGAAGAGCGAGACGUCCUGCUCGAGGCAGGGGAAGAUGGAAGCAGUACAGAGGUAGCGCUGGAGUCUUCUUCUCAGAUUGAGGCUGAAGAGCCAGCUCAGCCUUCAGAUGAGGCCAGUCUCCCCUCUACCAGCCAGGAGCCCUCAUCCAGCUCCGCAGACACAAGCAGCACUCGGCCAGCCAGCGUCAGGACUGGAUCGGGCAGGCAGUGGACUCGAGGACGGGCCACCAGAGGGUUUGUUAAGAGAGAUGGAUCAGGAGUUAUGGGAAUGCGAAGGCGCUUUGCAAGAUGAAUGAAUGAAGGACCAGAAGCUACUACAAGUUUUAUGUUGUUGCGUUCCAUUGAAGCAUUGCUUUAUUUUAUGCGGAUACAAUAAAGGAUUUUUUGGUACUAAAUGA